CAGCCUCCGUACAGAUAUGAUGUGUCUCAUGAGUCGUUGACCGCACAUACGGUCACGCGGUAAAAAACUUUAUUAAAAAAACACAUCAGUAUAUAAAACAGAUGCAGCGCAUUGCUGCUUUAAAAAUUGCGACAUUAUACAAAGUGUUAUGAGUUUUAUGAAUGCAAUUAGUGUUAAAGAACAUCAGAUCCAGCGCUCGGAUUAAUAAGUGACAUAAAACGAGUCAUAUGUAAAGGUGAAGAUGGGAAGCUGGCUUAGCUAUCUUUGGUGGGGUGGAGACCCAGAUAUAGUAAACACACAGUCUGGUCUGACGAGACGUGAGGUAUACGCAGUUCAGCAGUCAUGGGCGCCAGUAUAUGCUAACUCUGUUGCAAAUGGAACCGAAUUGUUAAGGAGAUUGUUCCAAGCAUAUCCAGAAACUAAAGAAUUUUUCAAAAUGAUAAAGAAGUCUUCAGAUGAGGAUUAUUCUCAAAACCCUCAGUUCAAAGCGCACGUGAUCAAUUUGAUGAGCUCAAUUAACUUGGCCGUUCUCAACCUCAAUCAGCCGGAAGUAGUCGCCGCCAUGAUGAACAAACUGGGAGAGUCGCACGGAAGACGAAAAAUACAAAAAGAACAUUUCUAUAGCUUAAAGGACGUCAUAGUGAAAAUGUUCAUCGAAGUUUUAAAACUGGAAGGAGCAACGCUCGCUGCCUGGGGCAAGACAGUGGACUUUUGGUACAAGCACAUCUUCGAAUCGUUAAGUCAAGGAGACAGGAGAUAACGCCUGAAGCCUGACACACAAAAAACAUAAUAAAUAAAUUCCAUAGCUUUGCAUCUUAGUUAACUCAACUAAUAUUUGCAUAUCUAGUUUAAAUAUGUUUAUUAAGAAAUUAUACCGGAAAUGUCGAUUCUGAAUCACCACUGAUUUCUAAAAGGCCUUUAAUGAAUAAUAUUUAAUGUUAAAUUUAAAAUAGUGAUAAAAUUUUAUAAAAUUUGAUAAAUAAGUAGCUAUAGUUUAUACAUAGCUAUAAAACCGCUUAUUUAAUCUAUGAAAUAAGUAGUUGUUUUGAUUAAAUAUAUUAGUAAAAUAUAUUGUAAUAAUAUUUAUAUUUAAACAUAUCAAUACGACGUGUAAUAUUCUAUCUCUUUGAAUUUGUGGAUUUAUAAUUUUUACAGUUUUAUAAUAGAAUGAAUACGUUUUCGUAGCAGCAAGAAAUAUAAAGCUUUUGUGAUUUCCCCGUGGAACACUUCUGGAACUUGACUUCACGUAUUCCUUGAUAAAAUUGAUUAAUUGCGCGAGUUAUAUGUAUGUAUGAGAGUUCACAGAACUGUACUAAUGCGCUUAUCACAGAAAAUGUAAAGGUUAUAUGACUUUGAUUAAAUUAUCUUUAAAAUCAAAUAAUGUGUAAUUUUAUCCCAUUUUAAACGGCACCCAUUUAUAACUCGAUGCUUCAUCGAUUAUUUCCAUACAAAUUCAUUUCGUUUCGGAUAGAUCACGGAGCAAACUUUUAAGCCAAGCUCAUCACCAAAAUACAUCUAAUUCUUAAAGUAUAGUAUCAAUCUUCAAUAUAAGUUUAAUAUUUAAUAAUUAUAUAGAAGUUUAAUUUUUAUUAAUAAUUUUAGACAUUUUUUUUCUUUCUUUAUAUGUAAUUUAAAUUAUUUGUUACGUACUAUAAUAAUAGUGCAGCCCUGUUUUCUUAACCGUGCGUUAGGAGUCAGUUCAUUCCCAAUAAAAAAUAUUAAUCCAAGGCGUGAUAUGUAGGUCGAGUGCGUGUAUAUUUGUGUUGUUAUGUGUGUUGCUGUUUUCUUUUUGGUGAACAUUUAGAGUAGGUUUCCAUUUUAAAGUACGAUACUUAAUAUAUUUUCUUUUCUUCAGUUAAACUUUAAAAGUCAAAACAUUGUUAAUGUUUUAAUAAAGCGAUUGAAAUUCCGAAAAAAAACUUAGUUUGUAAUUUUCUUCUUUUUCAAGAUUUUAUUUAUCUUUAUGUAAAUCUUUAGUACGAGAACAGUGUACGUACUGUUGCUGUGAAAAACUACUUUUCACUUUAUGAAGAGGAAAGUUAUCGCUUAACAUGAUAAUAUGUUGGAUGUUGCGUAUGGCAAAUACAUGACUGUCUUGAGUAGAGAUCAUUAGGCCCGCUCAGCUUCUAGCAAAAACUCACCCGGAGGUUUAGCAACAGCACCCUGUCACGAAUACGAUCCGUCUAAGUUUUAAAACCACAAAAGCACAUUGCCACGAAUACCAAUAUUCUCAAGUCGAGUUAAUAAUGUUUUGAUCAAAUAAGAUCCCAAAAUAUUCCCAGACAUGUGUCUUUAUUUUCAAUUUUUUUAAAUUAUCCUCUCCUGUAAAGGUUAACUUAUAGGUAAUUAUGAUUUUUCAAAUAUCCAAUUAAUCUUAUAUUAACAAUUUUUCUAAUUUUAGAAAGCGUACUUAACACAGAAAUAGGUAGGUCUAUAAUUAGUCGAUUCCGCUUGAUCCCCACCUUCGUAAAUAGGACGAUACGACAGCAUUCUUAAAUAUCGUUGGAGAGACACCAGACUCAAAAUUUAAAUUGACAAUAUGACAAUGUUCAAUAUUAAAAAUUGAUUAUAUAUGACAGUCAGCUACUGAAUACCUACCUAUUUAUUUAUUUUUUGAAAUACAAGACGUAAUCUUAUCUACGUCUGAUGAUUUUUCUUUGUUUGCA